UAAUUACACGUCGAAGAAGAAUGUAAUCUUAUCAAUUACAUUUUGCAAGUGACUGCUAGCUACGUGUUCACUUACUGACUUACUGUCCACGUUGACCUGCAAAAAGCUAAUACGCCAUGGCCGAAAACAUGCAUCUGUUUUGGGGCUCCGGUUCCGCUCCGUGCUGGAGAGUAAUGAUCGCCCUGGAGGAGAAGAAGCUCCAAGGCUACAAGCAAACGCUGCUCUCCUUCGACAAGAAUGAGCACAAGUCACCAGCUGUUUUAGCUCUAAACCCCAGAGGACAACUUCCUACUUUCAAACACGGAGACAUCAUUGUGAAUGAAUCCUAUGCAGCCUGUUUUUACCUGGAGAGUCAGUUCAAGUGUCAGGGGAACAAGCUGAUCCCUGAGGGCCCCGCAGAACAAGCCCUCAUGUACCAGCGCAUGUUUGAGGGGAACACCUUCUGCGACAAACUCUAUGCAGUCAUCUACUACGAGUGGUUCGUGCCUGAAGGCGAGAGGCAUGACUCAGCCUUGAAGAGAAACUGCGAAGCCCUCACCACUGAGCUCCAGCUCUGGGAGGGUUACCUGCAGAAGGCGGGACCCCAUCUGGCUGGACCCUCCUUUUCAUUGGCUGAUGUGACUGUUUUCCCGAUUGUGGGAAAUCUUUUCAGAUUUGGGUUGUCUGCCGAGCGUUACCCCAAGUUGGCGGAAUAUUACGCUCUGCUGAAGGAUCGACCCAGCGUCCGAGCCAGCUGGCCUCCUCACUGGCUGGAGAACCCCAAAGGAGAAGACACACUCAGAGACAUCUGAGAUGAACAGCGUGUAGCCCGCGGGUGGGGGCCAUCAUGCACUAAUCGAACAAAUUAGGAGUGUAUGUGUGUUACAUGUUUUUGGUCUUUUUCUAGCAGUUCUCCUGGAGUUUGUUUGUGUUUAUAUUUGCAUUACAGGACUGAUUGACUGCUCUUGCAGGCUAAAUUUGGCCCAGGCGCCACAGGUUGCCCAUCUCCGAUCCUGAUGUGUUAAAAUGAAGGGAAAAGUUGAGAUCAGCUCUUUAGCACUUGAUCUAUUCAAAAUCUAGAUUCUAUCAUAUGGAAUAGCAUUAACUCUGCCUUAAUUUGCACUACCUGUAAAAAAUAAAUGCAUAUACGCUUACAAAACUAUUGUUCUCAUUGACAUUCACGCUUCAGCUGUGUCAGAACAGGUUUUUCCUUAAGCUGUGUCAUCGUGACGGUUUACAAACUAAAUGUGAUCGCAUGCAUUACACCACAUUUGAUGUCCAAUGCACACACGUUGCCUUUAAUUGUUGCCAAAGCAUUGAAAUUGACUCUUGCAUGCAUACACGCAUAAGAAUGGAACUGUACAAAGGGUAGCAGGGUGGCUCAUGCAACAUUAAUAAGUAACACUAUCUACCUUGCGUAAUAGAUACAAGCUCAAGCUAAUUUAUGAUGAUGUGUGGCAUACAAAAGAACUUUUGUAACUUUGUGCAAUUAAAGAAAUCGGUUAAUCCAGGUCACCUCGUGCAUUUAUCACAUGCAACGCAAUAAAAAGUGAACGAGCACACUUGAUUGCGUUGAGUAUUGUGCACGCCUUUGGUAUCUGCAGAGUUUGGUGAAAAAGUGCUUAGUCAUCGUGACGUUUCCUGAAAACACACGCAACGAACAUAAUUCCAACAAUAUUAUACGUAGUAGCUUCAUAAGUUAGCAUUGAAACUAAGCAAUCACAGCCAUAUGAAGUAGUUAGUGCAGAUAAUGCACGUAUUGCGUUUUUCUACCGUGGAAAUUAGCAAACAGAGGAAGAAAUCAAAGAGUAAGCAGACGACUCAAGAUGAUUCAAGCCUAAUUACAUGUAAUUCACGGUAACGCAUCUUGUUUAUAGCGUAUUUCGCGGUUUUAAAAUGACGCUUGAAUU